AUGCAUGCAUGUGUGUGUGUGUAUGUGCGUGCGAGUGAGUGCGCGGCUGAGGAGGGGAAAGCGAGAAGGGCCAGGGCGCGCUCCAGCAGCCUUGCUCGCCUAGCCAGCACCAUGUCGGGCCGGUCGGUUCGAGCCGAGACCAGGAGCCGGGCCAAAGAUGAUAUCAAGAGGGUCAUGGCGGCCAUCGAGAAAGUGCGCAAAUGGGAGAAGAAAUGGGUGACCGUAGGUGACACAUCCCUGCGGAUCUAUAAGUGGGUCCCCGUUACAGAGCCGAAGAAAAAUAAAAGCAAGAAGAAGGGCAAAGAUGAAAAGUGUGGGUCUGAGGUGACCACCCCGGAGAACAGUUCGUCCCCAGGGAUGAUGGACAUGCACGAUGACAACAGCAAUCAGAGCUCCAUAGCUGAUGUGUCACCGAUUAAGCAGGAGAACAGCAGCAACUCCAGCCCAGUGCCAGAACCAAACUCGGCAGCACAGGGGGACGGCCCCGAAGUGAAGUCCGAUGAGGUCCAUGCAGAGCCGAAGGAGCAAGCCGGAUCAGAAGAUACUUCUAAUGAACAGAAUUCACAGUCUUCAAUGGAAAAUUCAAUGAACAGUUCAGAGAAAGUCGAAAUGCAACCCUCUGGGGACAAUGAUAUAACCACAGAAGCAUCAAAUAACUCUCAGGAUUCAGAAGGAGCACCACCUUCUAAAAAGAUGAAACUAGAGGCUUCCCACCAAAACUCCUACGAGAUUUAG